AUGAAUAAAGGAGGAGGAAGUGGGCCUACAGCAGCUGCGGCAGCUACAGCAGCUCAGAAGCAGAAGACUUUGAUGCAAAGAGUUGAAACUGAUAUUGCCAAUAUUGUUGACAAUUUUAGCCAACUUGUCAAUGCUGCCAGGGUGAAUGACCCACCUGUUAGAAAUUUGCAAGAGGCUUUCAUGAUGGAGAUGCGUGCAUCUAGGAUGGUUCAAGCUGUUGAUUCUUUACUUAAGUUGGUCUCUGAGUUAAAGCAAACUGCAAUAUUCUCAGAAUUUGCCUCUCUUAAUGACCAUGUAGAACAGAGAACAAAUGAGUUUAAUCAACAUGCAGAGAAAACAGAUCGAAUUAUGGCUAGAACUGGAGAAGAGGCAGCGGCUAGUCUUAAAGAGCUCGAAGCACAUUAUUAUUCUUCUGCCCAGAGAAGCUAAAUUUAGGCAUUAUGAGUUAGUGACAUGGGAAAUGUAGGAGCGUAUAUUGCUUUAGCUUUAUGAUUUAUUUGUGGAAAUAGAAGCUGGUUUUC